CCGCUACAGUUGCCCAAGAGAAAACCUGCCGCUGCCCUAGAACCCCUUCAGUCUCCAGCGCGUUAAGAACAACUUUUCUUCCCCUUCACGCAUUUCUCUUGCUAUUUCUCCUCUCCGCUUCGUAAUCCUCCCUUUUAUACUCUCAUUUUUAUUUCUAUUUGCCUCCUUGUAAUAAUUUCUCAUACCCGUCCUUGUAAUCAACCAACCAUGUUAAUGACCAGGAUGUUGUCACGCCUUUCGAGGAGCGGGGGCCAACGCUCUCUGCAUCUAUGCUCUCCGUCCCAGAAUCACCACCUGUUGCUGAUUCCCUCUAAUCAGUUUCAUGAAUAUCCUAACAAGUGGAUUACAAGUAAGGUUUGUCUGUUUCAUCAUUCAGUCCUCAAUUCCUCCCUUUUUCAAAAUUUUGGGUUCACUUCAUCUGCAUCUCCUGAGCCUGGAGAAAAGGAGCACGGGAGUGCUGUAGAAAACGAUGGUGCUCCCACUGAUGUAAAGUCAGAAGAAACAAAUGGAAGUGCAAAGCUUUCUGAUCCGACAAAAGUUUCAGUUUCGCAAGAGACCAAAGAGUCAGAUGCAGAGGCUGUGGGCGAUCUGUCAAUGGAUGAUCUGGUGAAGCUUGUGAUGGAGAAGGAGGAGCUCUUGAAGGAAAAGCACAAGGAGAUGGAGACGAUGCAAGAUAAAGUUCUCCGCACAUAUGCAGAAAUGGAAAAUGUUAAGGAAAGAACAAAACGUGAAGCAGAGAACUCUAAAAAGUUUGCUAUCCAGAAUUUUGCAAAUAGCCUACUUGAUGUGGCAGACAAUUUGGGAAGAGCUUCAUCAGUUGUCAAAGGAAAUUUCUCAAAAAUCAAUGUGUCAAAUGAUGCUGCUGAUGUAGUCCCACUCCUUAAAACACUUUUGGAAGGAGUUGAAAUGACUGAGAAACAGCUUGGAGAGGUAUUUAAGAAGUAUGGAGUAGAAAAAUUUGAUCCAAUAAAUGAGCCAUUUGAUCCGCACAGGCAUAAUGCAAUAUUCGAAGUACCAGAUGCUCUUAAGCCUCCAGGGAUAGUAGCUGCUGUUCUCAAGGCAGGAUAUAUGCUACAUGAAAGAGUCAUUCGGCCAGCUGAAGUUGGCGUUACUCGAGCAGUUGAGAAGGAUCUGUAGCAAAUAGUGAGUAGGAAGGCACUGAUGCUCGGAGAUAUGUCAUGCAGGAGAUUCUAAAAUUUUGUUUCUUUCAAGAAGACUGAGAUGUGAUAUUCAGUUUCUACUUUGUUUC